AUGCAAGAAAAUGACCGUUUUGACUUCAUGGUUGCGAUAUCAUACGAUUGGAAACCAAUUUGUAGUGGGAUACUUGUUCACUACUAUUACAUAGCCACUGCAGCAACUCCAUUCAAGUUUCAUGGGUUCAAGUCUGGAAAUACUGGAUCAAAACGAUUAAAAUGUCACGUAGUAAGAAAAUAUUGGAAUGAGCAAAAGGAAAAUACAAUAACUCGUAUUGAAUAUCAAUAUGAGCAUUACGAUAAAAAAGCAAAGUGGAGAGGAUUCGACAAAAGCAACAAAUACGGUCCAGUACAUGACUAUGCUUUACUCGCAUCACAAGACAGUAUUCCAUACAAAGCAGACUUUGAUUAUUGGCGCCAUCCGUUUUUUAUCCAACUAAAGUACUCGAGACUUGUUACUAUUAAGUCGACGGGAACUUUUACGAUUUGCGGCCACGCGUUCGUUGACCGGACCCACAUUCAGCAGAGCAUCGAGCUGGAAGCAAUCGACUAUAGCGUUGAAUCUGUUUUGGCUGAUUGUGACGAGUGGGUGCCUAGAACUUGGGGUCAUUUUAUUUGUAUUCUAAACAUAGAACAUUUCAUGGGAAUAAAUUCUGGAGCCGCAUUAUUGUAUAACGGUGUAGUGAUUGGCAUAGGAAGUUUUAGUUUAGCGAGAGGGAAUGAGAGUAUAUUACUUUUUACUGAUUUACGAAGAUAUAAAAAAUAUUAUAUUAAGGUGGCUAAGGCACCAACGGGUGAAAUGUGGACCGUAGCAAAUUCAGCUAUGGGAAGUUUUAGUUUUUUUUAA